AUAAUUCAUUCAUCGUUUGUUUACCAAUGAAACGGGUGGUGUUUUUGAAUUUAUUUAAUUUAAUUGUUGAAAUUCAUUGAAUUGUUACCAAAUUGUCGUAUUGGCGAGUUAUUUAUAAAUCAUAAACCAUUUUUACUACUCAAUUCCACACCGUUAGCAGCUUUUUGGUAUCUAAACAGAGAGAAUUAUGAUGAUGAAGAGUUUCUUUCUGUUUAUUCUGGUUAUAAACGCGAUACAUGCCGAUCCAACUCCAAUAGUCCUGUGGCAUGGAAUGGGUGAUACCUGCUGCUGGUCAUUUAGUUUAGGUGGAUUUAAGCAGUUCCUCGAGGAUGAGAUCCCAGGAGUCUAUGUCCUAUCCCUGGAGAUUGGCAACAACACCAUAGAGGAUAUGGAGAAUGGCUACUUCAUGAACCCUAACAAGCAGGUGGAACUGGCUUGUGAUAUCAUAGCCAAUGAUAGCAAGCUGCAAGGCGUGUUCAAUGCCAUUGGCUUCUCGCAAGGCUGCCAGUUCUUACGAGCGCUAGUCCAGCGCUGUGGCCACAAGCUCCCCCGUGUGAAGAACCUCAUCAGCCUGGGCGGCCAGCACCAGGGCGUGUACGGGCUGCCCAACUGCGCCGCCGUGCAGCACCUCACCUGCGACUAUGUGCGGAAACUGCUCAACUAUGCCGCUUAUAACAGCAUAGUGCAACACGGGCUGGUGCAAGCUACGUACUGGCACGACCCACUUGACGAGUCCCUCUACCGCAAGAAGAGUGACUUCCUCGCCGAGAUCAACAACGAACGGGCCAUCAACAAGACAUACAUAGAAAACCUCAACAAGUUGGAACACUUCGUGAUGGUAAAAUUUGAAGACGACUCGGUGGUGCAGCCGCGCGACACCGAGUGGUUCGCCUUCUACGAGCCGGGACAGGCUAAGAAGAUAUUGGACUUGAGGGAUUCGCCCAUUUAUACUAAGGACCGUCUCGGUCUCAAGCGCAUGGACAAGGCGGGCAAGCUGGUGUUCCUCUCCUCUCCCGGCAACCACCUGCAGUUCACCGACGACUGGUUCAGAGACAACAUCAUCAAGCCGUACUUACUGUAGGGAGUUAGUGUUUAUGUGAGUAGACUUUAAUGUAUGUAUACUAUGUAUAGGA